GAUCUAGGCAGCUAGCGAUUCUCGUCGGGAUCACGAGGAGGUAAAUCUACGGAGGGAGGUUGACGCGUUACGGAGUGAACGGGACACAUUAAAGCGCCGACUGGAGACCUCUGAGCUGGAAACCAAGCGGCUUCGUGACGACCUAACUAGUGUCCGUUUAACCAAUGAUCGCCUGACCGCCGGGGUGUCUGGUCGUCAACCUGAUGUCUUUGCAAAAACACAAAUCUUUAGCCUGGAGACGCAGCUGAGUGCGGCAUGUGCUGCCCGCAACGAUGCUCUUCGUCAAGUGGAACGAGUUACUGAAAAAUUUGAGCUAGCUUCAAAGGCGCUUUAUGAGGUGUGUGUAGAAGUUGGAUUCGAAAAUUUUUCCCAGUGGGUAGCGGGAACCGAAAUGCAUGUCACGCUGCUUUUCUUGGAUGCAGAGCGCAAAGUCCAGGUAUCUCAGUUGGAAGCCAAACUAGAGGUCGCCUCACACAAGCUCUCAACCUAUGAGCGCCUCGAAGCUGAAUUGGACAAGGCCAUUGAGAACUGCGCUGAGAGAUGCUACGAAGACAUGCUGCCUAGCGAUGUGCUAGAGCAGCCAGCUAUGCUGCUUCAAGUGGGCAACUUCUCCAAUAGCAGCGGUGGCCCUUUGCUACCCACGCUAGCGUCGAGGCGUCUGGAACACUGCAUCCAACUGUCUCGGCGUCUGGCUGAAUCGGAGAAGGCACGUCUCUCUCUGAAGUCUGAAAACGACGACAUGAAGAAGGAACUCCAGGUACAGUCGUGA